AUCCUAGAAUUAAUACAGAGCAAUAGAAUGCGUAUUGUAAUUAAUAGCAUCAGGAAUGGCAGUGUGAUUGUGCUCUUCGACGUUGUGUUGGAUACAGGAGAAAAUAUAACAAAACCACAGAUUUCAGAUGCUUUUACAGACGCCCUUAACAUGAGUACAGUAUUGCAAGUUGAUCUUAAAAAGACUGUAAUAGAAGCAAGGAAUAGCUGUCAGCCAGGACUAAAUGACUGUUCACAACAUGCUACCUGCACUGCUGAAGGAGCCAGUUAUUCCUGUCAGUGCAACAAAGGAUUCACAGACAGCAGUCCCCAAGUUCCAGGGAGAGUUUGUCAGCAUGACCAGAAUCUACCUUCAGAACAAAUGACUACGGUCCCUCCAGAAAGUGCUACAGCUAGGUUUACAGGGAGCCCCUCUACCUCUGCGGACAGCCAUACCACGACUGCACCUGUCCAAGGUGAAAGUCCCACCACCAUCCAGGGGACCAGCCUGACGACAGAGCCCAAUGCCAAGACCUCCCUAUCCCUCCCUGCCACAUCUCUGGGCACCCCAUCCAUGACGUCUUAUAAGAAAUCAACAACUGUUAGUCCUGCUUUUACUGGAACUUGCAUGCCAGUGUCCAUUAAAGUUCAGAAUGUGACUGGGGACGCAAUACAAUUCAGCUGGACCGGUGGCAGGAGAGGCAGCCUCUACACCAUCUCCCUCAUGGAUGGAAACCGGCAGAUAAACAGAACAACUACAAAAGAGACAAAAGCUGUGUUUAAACAUUUACUUCCCGGUCAUGUAUACACAGUAUCUGUGGCAGUAUUACCUUGUGCUGAGGACAGCUGGACUUCAGUUAGUGUCCGAACAGAUCCUGUUUCCUGUUUCAACAGAACUGAGUUUUGCUUACCACAAAAUACUGGCUGUCCUGACUUAAAAUACUUUGUAUGCUCACAUUACCAAGCAUUUGCCUGCACUGUUUUGUUAAAAAGCCAGAUGUUUAAUCAUAUGCUUUAUAACUCUGAUAGCGAAGACUACAAAGCAAUGUCUGAAAAUAUCAAAACAGAAGUUGUUACAGAAAUGCGCAUUAUACUGAAGGAUGAGCACUUCGAUAUCAUUAUGCUUGGAUUCAGACCUGGGAGUGUGAUCGCUUAUUUUAUUUCUCUACUGCAAAAACAAGAGCCCAUUGAUGUGAAAGUUAUGCAGGCACACUUAAGUGAAAUAUUAAAGAAGAAGUUUGGUGAUCAAACUGAAGUAACUGUAAAAUCUCUGCCUGUUCAGUCAUCAGCUGGAGAAAGUUCCGCUUGGAAAGUGGCAGUGAUCAUCCUUGGAGUUUUACUUGGAGUUGCAUUAGUGCUGAUUCUUCUGAUAUCAUUGGCUUACAUCUAUACGAAGAAAAGAUCGGGUAGAUAUUUGGUCGAACCCAAAGGACUCCUGGGAAAUUUUUUCUACAAGGACUUAUAAUAUAAGCCAUCAGUUUCAUUUACAUAUUUUGGGUAAGGAGAAAAAUUAAUAGAUAUGUCUUAAAAUUAUAUGUUAAUUGUUUAUAUUAACUUCAGAUAACUUUACCCUCUCCUUCCCAAAGUCCAUCGUGAAAUUCCUGAGCUCCUGACAACCUCUAAUGAAUCAGCCUUUUAACAUUGCUCUCAGGUACGCAGUGGGGAAUUUUCCCCGUUGUACACGUGGUAGAGUGAGGCCCAGAGAAACUUCUGUCCGACCAUCCACUCUAGGUAUUGCAAUGAUUCCUAACCGUUGACUGUAAAGAGAGACAGGAUCUGGAGACUGCUCAAUAGUCUUAUCUUUAGUUGACACAGUAAUCAGAGUGACUGCGGUUAGUACCUAUGGCAGGUCACCUGUAUGCACAGCUGAGCCCAGAGCCACCCUGUUGGUCUUUAUGCACUUGGCCAAGGGUGAUUCACCUCACCUGAGAUUUUUAUCACCAUAUGAAGAUGUCUCUUUCUCUCCAGUGACUGCAGAAUGAGCCCAGGGCAAUUAGUGUUCUAGCAUAUGCAGGUUGGUCAGGAGUCUGGAGGGAAGUGGGAUAGAUCUGGGCUAUAUAGACUUCCUACAGGAGUCUCUAGUGGAGCAGGAAUUUGAUCUGGAGGCUUCUGAAUUCAAGGUUAGUUUAUUUAAUUGUUGGGCUAUGAGGGAACAACUGCCUUUAUGUGACAAAUGUAUAGCAUGCUAAAUACAGGUGUGGUUUAAUAGGAAAUCAUGAAUUGCACAGCCUUAACAUGUUACCAGACGGGGAAAGGGAGACAAAAGGUUAAUUUGGGCUGAAGUAUUUUACUUACCUAUUCUUGCCUGUCAAAAAUGGUUGCUUGGGCAAGGGUGUGUCAUACAGUGCCAUUUUGCCUUGCUUUUGGUAAUCCCGAAGUAGAGUCUGCUAAAAGCAACCUGAAGGAUCCUGUGGCAUUGGACCAGGAUCUUGGUGCUUUAAAGCAAUGAAAAUAAAUGGCUUUUAACUGUUAUCAUGACUCUUAGCUGCAGUCCCGAUGAAGUUACAGCCUGUUUCUCCCGUGGUGUAUUUUUUCUGCUUGGAAGGUGUUGUUGAACACAUGAUAAAGGGCUGUAUAACGCUGUACAUAUUUUCCGUAGGAUUUAUGUAUUUAAUCUCAAACCUGUUCUCCCUAUGUCUGUGUAUUUUGUCUGUAUGUCUAUGCUCAGCAUUUAUAUUAAGGCACUGAAUAUCCUGUGGCGUUGACGCCCUGGCUCAUGCCCCUCAAACAGUUCAGGCCCUUUGUCUUUGCGGAUUACGUUAUGGUUAGUUGGCAUGGGUUUGAGUGAGGAGGUGUCCAGAACCGUAGGGUGUUGUGGGACACCAGCAGACAAAGGACCUCAGAUGGGCGAUGGUGCACAAGCAACUCUCCUGUCCUCUGGGUGCAGCCAGUGUUAAUUUUUUUUAUACCCCCUUUCCUGCACUACAGUAUGGCUCUUGGAGGAACCCUGCCGAGGACCCUGGUUAAGCAGAAUGUUGAAGCCAUCUUAUGCGCUGGCCUUACUGCAGAAAGGCUGAUUUAGUUCAGGUUGUACCAUCACCCUAAUGAGGGAAGUCACAUCCAGCCUUGUUCCUCUGUCCUUGGCUUAGCAGCACUGUCACUGUGUGAGGCCAAUGGGCUGUGCUGGUGGAGAAGGGAAGGCUGUAUGAGUACCUAGGGCGUCUUUGCACACAAAUUUGUGUUGGUGGUUUAUGUUUCUGUCUGGAAUAUUUAUACAUUUUUUUGCAGGGACCUAUGAAAGAGGGGUUUUGCGUGACUUGCUCUCCCUUUCCUUCCAUGUAGUAUCAGCUUGGCUGUCCUUCUGCUCAAGUCUAGGGUAUGGAGUGACAGCCCACCUCACUGAUGGAAAGUCAGUGUGAUUAAUAUUUGUUAAACUUACUUUCUGUGGGUUUUAAACGUAGCUAGCUCUGGCACUAUAGUCACUGAGCGGUCACUUAAUAAUGUAUUCUGUCAGUAAAUGCAUGUUCUCCAGUGAGCUAUGUGUUGAAAACACAAAUGAGCCCUCUUGCUUAUGUUAAUCCUGUUUUCUUUCUUUUUGGGGGGUUCUACUUUGAAUAGCAAACUCUUAUUGUUAGUAAACCUUUCUGAUGUCCUUGCAAAUAAUGUUGAAAUAAAGACCAUGUACAGCAGGCUUGUACUAUGGAAUCGUGGGACUUGUUCAUGCAAAAUAUAUUUAAACUCUCUGAA